AUGUGCGAUAUACAAAUACAGUCAAUCAGUGCAGUGGACUACAAUGCAGGGGUGGUUUAUGGACUUAUGGAGGCCAUGGAUGUGCCCAUGUCCACUUCGAGUGUCGUUACUUCCUGGGAAGGAGAGGUCAUUGAUUUUGAGAACUAUACACUUUGGACAAAGAAAUGGGCAGCCGGGACAAAAACAGAUCUGGAUCACUGGAAGCGAUUAGAAGCCUUUCAAGGCAUGGAUGAAAAACAUAUUGCAAAAGGAGCCAAGUCAGGGAAAUUCCGUGGACAUAUUGACCAGAAAUACAUUUUGAUGCGAUGGAAAGAAAAAUGCUUUGUAAAUGUGAGUGAGCGGACAAGCGGAUUGACAAUUGCUGGAUUCUACUAUGUAUCAAUGCGACGGGCCGAUGGGUAUGUGGAAGGAUAUUAUCACGAUAAGCAAUCCACUCCAUUCCAACAUCUGUCUCUAAAUCCAGUGUAUGAACGUGGUGGGUUUUAUUCUUCAAUUUUUGAGGUUGCAUAA